ACACAAACUAAAAGUAAACUUCCCAGAUAGAAAAAAAAAAUGAAAUUGUCAAUGCACAUUGCAGUAUUUUUGGCCGGAUGGACCCUUUAUGUAGAUGCUGUAGAGGAACAUCAGACUAAUUCAGUGCAUGAUGUCUGUGAUUUAUUAACGUCCCUCUCUGUUGAAGGUCAAAUGUUGACACGAUUUAACGGUGUGAUUUUUAAUGAUUUCAAAACUGGAAAGAAUGCUAUAUCAGAAGGACCUUUAGCCAUUGGAGGAUCAUUUAGAGGAGACAACGCAAUGAUUAAUCAACGAAACGAGCUUUCCUGUGGAGCCGAGACAGAAUCCUCUCUUUUCGGUCAUCAUGGACUCAUUUUAAAAGGCACUACUGAAUCUGCCGUUAAGGUGAAUGGGUUUGCACAUAUUCAAGACGUGGAAAACAGCCUUGUUACUACGCCUUUAAACGAGUGUUCCGUCAAGACUGCCGCCACAAACUUUGAUUUCGAAAUAGCUCGCACACAAGCUUUGGCCAUGUCUCGUGAUUUUGCCGGUAUGUUGCCUAAUUGGAGUAUCGAUAAAAUGGGGGCUAUUGUCAACAUUGUUUCGGAAGGUAUCUCUGUCAAACAGCCGUACAACCUUUUUUCAAUGCCUGUCUAUUGUCCAGCGGGACCUAGUCAUGCCAAAAAUUAUUUCGCCUGUAAAGUCGACCAUGAUUGUGAAAUUCCUGCUCAACACUUGUCAGAUGUCCAUGCCAUGUUUUUAGGGAAAACAAGUAACUGGACCGGCCCAGUUGUACAGGACUAUCCUCAAGAUAAAUUGAUGGUGAUUAAUAUUCCUGUGACAGAUGGCCAAACAUUUGAUAUUCAAACCAAAAACCCUAGCAUAAAAAUCAAUGCAUGCAAUACAAUUUAUAACUUUUACGCUGUUGAUAAGCAAGGUCGUUAUGAACCUGAAGGAAACUUUACUUUAAAAAGAAGUACGGAAAAGUCUCUAAAUGGAAUGAUCCUUGCACCCCAAGCUCAUGUGAUUGAUAGUUCAACUGGAUCAUUUGCGGGACAGAUUAUUGCCGACUCGUAUGAAUCAAACGCUGAUGGUAUUCAAAUCCAAGAUUACCAAUCAGCUAGUACAGGAAAAUGCCAAGCUUUUGCUGGAUGUGUUUGAGAUUAUCAAGUUAUUUGAAGAAAGAAAGGAGACUGUCAAAAAACCAGCGCACAUAAUUGAAAAUGAAUAAAUAUUUUUAAAUGUCCUAAUCGCCUGAUUUAGUGCUUCAAUAAGCAAAGCUAACUACAAGUUUUCGUUUUUUUUUUAAAAAAAAAGUUUUUACAUAAUUCCUUCGAU